CGGAUGUGCCUGAGUAGUCAGUGUUGGCACUCGGGACUCUCAAGUGUGGGUAUUCUAGGGGUGCUGGCAGCCCGGACGGAUGGCGCAGGGCUGGGCUGGCUUCUCUGAGGAGGAACUGAGGCGACUAAAGCAGAGUAAAGAUCCAUUUGAACCACAGCGACGUCCCCCUAUGAAGAAAAGUCGACAACAACUUCAGCGAGAAAAAGUCCUUCAAGAGCAAAGCCAAAAACUUGGACUGCAAGAUGGAUCAGUCAGAUUAUCUCCAGAGCUGCUGCUCUCUGCACCACAACAGAGAUUCAAUCAUCAAAAGCCACAUUUUUCUCCCCCUGCUGCUCCUAAUCCUCUUACACUCAACUCUCCUGUUGGCAAUGGAAAACCACAGGGCACUGAAAGUCAACCAAGGGAACUGGGACUUGAGAAUUCCCGGGAUGGUCACAUAAGUGCUGAGGUUGUACCUCUAAAACCAGAUUGCAAAUUGGAGAAAAAGAAAGUGGAAUUGCAAGAAAAGUCUCGUUGGGAAGUCCUCCAACAAGAACAGCGGCUAAUGGAAGAGAAAAAUAAACGUAAGAAAGCUCUUUUGGCUAGAGCUAUUGCGGAAAGAUCUAAAAGAACUCAGGCAGAGACCGUGAAACUGAAGCGGAUCCAGAAGGAGUUACAGGCUUUAGAUGACAUGGUUUCAGCUGACAUUGGAAUCCUCAGGAACCGGAUUGACCAGGCCAGUCUGGACUAUUCAAAUGCUCGGAAGCGGUUUGACAAGGCAGAAGCAGAGUAUGUUACAGCCAAGCUCGAUCUACAGCGCAAGACGGAUCUUAAAGAGCAGCUCACUGAGCACCUUUGUACAAUCAUACAGCAAAAUGAGCUCCGCAAGGCCAAGAAGUUGGAGGAGUUGAUGCAGCAACUGGAUGUCCAAGCUGAUGAGGAGACUUUGGAGCUUGAGGUGGAGGUGGAGAGACUGCUGCAUGAACAAGAGGCAGAAGCAGGGAAACAGAAGGUUCAUGAAGAGAGGCCAUUUCAGCCUUCCGGGGAGAGUGUGACAUUAGGGUCUACUCAGAACAAAGAGCAUCAAGCACCAACCGCUUGCCCAAAGGUAGAUGAACAAUGUGAAAAUCCCAAGAGCACCCCCCUUCGCACUCCAGACCACCCAAGUCAGGAAGUGAAGACUAGUGCUCAUGACAACGGUUCAGCUGCGCUGACCACAUGAAGGGCCAGUGUUUGUUGUUUUCAGCUAAUAUGGUCUUCAGUAGACUUUCUGUUGUAAAGUAUGCCAUGACCGCUGAGAAAUGCCUCUUUAAAACAAUAUUAGUUUUUUAAUCUAGGAUUAGUUUUAGAAGUAACAUGUUGGACUAUUCUCAAGUCUCAAAUAAGUAUAAUUUUAUCCAUAGUUCACCUUGAUUUUGAUCCAGUUUCCUUAUUGAACCCUUAUUUUGGGUGAAAACAAGUAACUUAAAGGAUAGAAGAAAAAUUACAUGGUUCUGAGUGUUUUUAGACCAGGUCAAUAUAGAAAAAGUAAAAUGAAAAAUGAUAAUACCUCAUCAAACUCAUUUAACUUCUGGGAGAAGUGCUGGGACUGAGAAUCCUGUUUUAUGUCAUCAGUAAAGAGACACAAAAAUUAAACAUGAAAAAGAGAACAAACAACUAACAAAAAGUAGUAUUUGGGUCUUACUAGAUUAUUAUCUGUUUGGGUCUUACUAAAAUUGCAAAACACAGUUUUGAAAUUACCAGCUUACGCCAACAUUACAUUUGUAUUCACAUUGCCUUUUAAGUGGCUCUAGUUUACAAACUGAAUUUUGAUUGGUUGAUAUAUACACACAAACAUAUAUAUAUAUCAACAUGCUAUAUAUAUAAUUUUACUAUUAAUAAAUUGUCUUUAAUCAGCACAUUGAUUAAAUUUAGACAAUGAAAACUUGUCUAUAGUGAAACUGAAAAUAAUAUAGAAAA